CACACGACAACGCGAUAAUCUCAUGUUCGCCCGGCAAGGGAUAGCGUUCCUUGUAGGGCUGGAAAUCUGAUCAAAUAAGCAUGUAUAUCUACACGAAUGGCCUUCUAGCUUACUCAGAGGCCAGGUUUAAGUGUUGAAGGCCAGAAACCUCUGGUGUAUUCGAGGAAUUUUGCGUAUUUGGGAGUACGCCGUUGUCGAGAUAUCAAAUUCUGAACUAAGAGCACCUGGUCGAUAGAAACAUUGAAUGAAUCACUUGACGGCCGCGAAUGGCGAACAUGUCUUGAGAUCGCCACAGAAGAGACUAACUACGGGAAAAAACUGCUGGAAUAUGAAAAGCGAAGAGUACGAUACAGAAUAUACAAGCAUCCAAGAGGCACCAGAGAUUGAGGAUAAGCCUGUGAGAAGAACAUAUCCUGCUUUCAUUGAAGACAAAACCUUCCUUCCAACAUUCAGCCUUUCAACAAAAGCACAAGUCCUGGAUGAUGAAGAGGAGGAUUAUAGUGAGUUUACACUAGCAGAUCAACUCAACGACAGUCCAUCAUUCGCCUCAGAUGUCCUUGAUGAAAGCGAGAGAUGGCAUGUCUGUCAUAAAUGUAAUAAAGUAUUUGGAACGGCCAAGGAGUUGAGAAGACAUUUACCUCGCCACAAGAUAUCGAAGAAGGUGUACGAAUGCGAGAUAUGCUACAGGACCUUCACUCAGUCUAAUCAUCUCAAGCAACACAUGCCUGUGCACUCAGGGGAGAAACCCUUCAAGUGUCCGCAAUGCGACAUGACAUUUACAAGAUCAAGUAGUCUGACACGACAUCAGAUUAUUCACAGUGGGAGUAAACCGUACCAGUGCAAAAUAUGCUCAAAAGGUUUCAAUAGGAAUGGAAACUUGAAAGAUCAUAUGUUCACUCAUGCUCAACACAAGCCCUACAAGUGCAAAAUCUGCGCUCGGGAAUUUGUCCAGUCCAACAAGUUUAAGUCUCAUGUGCAAAUGCACGCUGGAACCUCCCUUGAGGAGUGGGCAAUGUUUAAUGUGAAUAUUACCGACGAAAGUUUGAGGGAGUCACCGUGAAGGAAAAUGGAUUUGUGGCAGGAAAUGAUCGAUGAAUGAAUGGUUGGUUAAGAGAGCAUGUCAGGAUUGUAACGGGUCAAACAUGUUCAGAAAGCUCCUUAAAAGCAGGGACACUUAGGAAUGAAUUUGGUUUUGCAAACAAGUUUCUUGAACAUGCAUCACUAAAUUAAUCCUAAAUAAGCUAGAAUUAGAUUUCUGGAUAAUUUGUUGCAGUGUACCAGAGGAUGGCCAGUUGUAUAAAGCUACGUUCUUCAUUCUCAAUUCUAAUAAUUUUGCUUCCAAAUACAAGAUUAUUAAAUCUAUUGAAAUGAAUUAUUACCACCAUUUUGAACCUUGUUGAGUUAUGUACAGAAAUCCCAAAACAACACUCAGUAUUUUCAUAAAAUACAAUACAAUGAUAACUGCAAUGAAUGUAAGCAUUUUUAUUUUCCAACAUUCUAGUCAUUCUUAAUAAUGGCUACCUAUAUAAAAUCACUGUGAUAAAGUUAAACUUGUAAAUAAUAAUGCUAACAUCAUUACCAUUGAAUUGUAUUUUGUACAGACGUGUCUUAAGUUAUUAGCUGUGUGUAUAAUAUUUAUACAAAACAUUAGAUAGUUAUAAAUAUUAGGGGAAAAGAACAUAUUUAAAACGUUGGAAAUAUAGCUAGACUGUAAAUUUGUAUGAAAUGAACUUUAAAGGAAGAUGUAUUUUUUCUAUGUAAAAUUAUAUUAAAUAUAUAGGCUUAUUGUGUUAAAUUUCUUUU